AUGAAGCGUAGCCUGAGAAAGAUGCUGCGACCAGCGGAGAAGAAGGAGCCGCAGGGCGUUGUGUACCAGGGCGUGGAUGACGAUAUGGAUAACUCUUUUAAGGUGGAUUGUGAAAGGAGUGUGUAUAAAUUGCACAAAUGCAUGAGGAACCUAAGGAAAUCAAACAAAGAUGAGGAUGAGAAUGUCUCCCCUUUGCAUCAUGCUGCGGCUGAAGGUCAAGUUGAAUUAAUGAAGAUGAUCAUCAGUGGCUCUUCUUGUGAUGUGCUGAAUGCAAUGGAUGAUUAUGGAAACACCCCUUUGCACUGGGCUACAGAGAACAACCAGGUUGGAAGUGUGAAGUUCCUUCUCGGCCAAGGAGCAAACCCAAACCUCCGAAACAGCAACAUGAUGGCUCCCCUUCACAUAGCUGUGCAGGGCAUGUACAAUGAGAUCACCAAGGUCUUAACUGAGCACAGCACUACUGAUAUUAAUUUGGAAGGAGAAAACGGAAACACAGCGGUAUUGAGCACAUGUGCUAGAGAUAAUAGUGAAGCACUGAAUAUUUUGUUAAGUAAAGGAGCAAAACUCUGUAAGUCGAAUAAAUGGGGAGAUUACCCUGUACACCAGGCUGCGUUUUCAGGUGCCAAAAAAUGCAUGGAACUAAUAUUAAAGUUUGGUGAGGAGAGUGGAUACACCCGGGAGUCUCAUAUCAAUUUUGUGAAUAACAAGAAAGCCAGCCCACUCCACCUGGCAGUUCAGAGUGGUGACUUGGAAAUGAUUAAAAUGUGUCUGGACAAUGGCGCACACAUUGACCUGCAGGAGAAUGGCAAGUGCAUGGCCCUUCAUUUUGCUGCAACCCAAGGAGCCACUGAGAUUGUUAAAAUGAUGAUCUCUUCCUAUUCUGGUAGCAAUGAUAUUGUUAAUGCUGUUGAUGGAAAUCAUGAGACUCUGUUGCACAGAGCCUCAUUAUUUGAUCAUCAUGAGCUAGCAGACUACUUAAUUUCAGUGGGAGCAGAUAUCAACACCACUGAUUCGGAAGGACGCUCUCCUCUGAUACUAGCAACGGCCUCUGCAUCUUGGAAUAUUGUGAAUUUGCUACUCUCUAAAGGUGCCAAGGUUGAUAUAAAAGAUCAUCUUGGACGUAACUUCUUACAUUUGACUGUACAGCAACCUUAUGGAUUAAAAAAUUUGCAACCUGAGUUUAUGCAGAUGCAACAUAUUAAGGAGCUUGUGAUGGAUGAAGACAAUGAAGGGUGUACCCCUCUCCAUUACGCAUGCAGACAGGGGGUCCCUGUCUCUGUAAAUAACCUACUUGGUUUCAACGUGUCUAUUCACUCAAAAAGCAAAGAUAAGAAAUCACCCUUGCAUUUUGCAGCCAGUUAUGGGCGAAUCAAUACCUGUCAGAGGCUCCUGCAAGACAUAAGUGACACAAGGCUCUUGAAUGAAGGGGAUCUCCACGGGAUGACUCCUCUCCACCUGGCCGCCAAGAAUGGGCAUGAUAAAGUUGUUCAACUUCUACUGAAAAAAGGAGCAUUGUUUCUCAGUGACCACAAUGGCUGGACGGCUUUGCAUCAUGCUUCCAUGGGUGGGUACACUCAGACCAUGAAGGUCAUUCUGGAUACCAAUUUGAAGUGCACAGAUCGGCUAGAUGAAGAGGGGAACACUGCGCUCCACUUCGCGGCGCGGGAGGGGCAUGCCAAAGCUGUGGCGCUCCUUCUAAACCACGACGCAGACAUCGUGAUGAAUAAACAGCAGGCUUCCUUCUUGCACAUCGCACUUCAUAACAAGAGGAAAGAGGUGGUCCUCACCACCAUCAGGAGCAAGAGGUGGGAUGAAUGUCUGAAGGUUUUUACUCAUCAUUCUCCAAGCAACAGAUGUCCAAUCAUGGAAAUGGUAGAAUACCUCCCAGAGUGCAUGAAAAUUCUUUUAGAUUUCUGCAUGAUUCCUUCCACAGAGGACAAGUCCUGCCGAGACUACCAUAUUGAGUAUAAUUUCAAGUAUCUUCAGUGUCCACUAGCAUUUACAAAGAAAAUAACACCUACACAGGAAAUCGUAUAUGAACCUCUUUCAAUCCUCAAUGUCAUGGUUCAACAUAACCGCAUUGAGCUUCUCAAUCACCCUGUGUGUAAAGAAUAUCUACUGAUGAAAUGGUGUGCCUAUGGAUUUAGAGCCCACAUGAUGAACCUAGGAUCUUACUGUCUCGGUCUCAUACCUAUGACCCUUCUUGUGGUCCAUAUAAAGCCAGGAAUGGCUUUCAAUUCCACUGGAAUCUUCAAUGAAUCUAGUGAUCAUUUGGAAAUAUUGGACACUACGAAUUCAUAUCCAAUAAAAGUCUGUAUGAUUUUGGUUUUCUUAUCAAGUAUAUUUGGAUAUUGCAAAGAAGUGAUUCAAAUUUUGCAGCAGAAAAGGAAUUACUUUUUGGACUACAACAAUGCCUUGGAAUGGAUCAUCUACACAACAAGCAUCAUAUUUGUGCUGCCCUUGUUCGUGAACAUACCAGGCCACGUGCAAUGGCAAUGUGGAGCAAUUGCCAUAUUCUUCUACUGGAUGAACUUCUUAUUGUAUCUUCAAAGGUUUGAAAAUUGUGGAAUAUUUAUUGUUAUGUUGGAGGUAAUUUUUAAAACCUUGUUGCGAUCAACAGGAGUCUUUAUCUUCCUUCUUUUGGCAUUUGGACUCAGCUUUUAUGUUCUCCUCAACUUACAGGAUGCCUUCAGCUCGCCAUUGCUGUCCUUGAUUCAGACUUUCAGCAUGAUGCUAGGUGAUAUUAAUUAUCGAGAUGCCUUCCUAGAACCAUUUUUGAGAAAGGAAUUAGCAUAUCCAGUUCUGUCCUUUGCACAACUUAUUGCCUUCACAAUGUUUGUCCCAAUUGUCCUCAUGAAUUUACUCAUUGGUUUGGCAGUCGGUGAUAUCGCUGAGGUCCAGAAGCAUGCAUCACUAAAGAGGAUUGCUAUGCAGGUAGAACUUCAUACCAGCUUAGAGAAAAAGCUGCCAGAGUGGUUUUUACGGAAAGUAGAUCACAAGUCCACCAUUGUGUAUCCCAACAGACCCAGACAUGGGAAGAUAUUACGUCUAUUUAAUUAUUUUUUUGGUACCCAAGAAACAAGACAAGAAAUACCAAACACAGAUGCGUGUUUAGAAAUGGAAAUAUUGAAACAGAAAUACCGACUGAAGGACCUCAGUUCUCUCUUGGAAAAGCAGCAUGAGCUCAUCAAACUCAUCAUUCAAAAGAUGGAGAUAAUCUCUGAAACAGAGGAUGAAGAUAAUCACUGUUCUUUUCAAGACAGUUUCAAAAAGGAGCGCCUGGAACAAAUGAAUAGCAAGUGGAAUUUUGUGUUGAGAGCAGUGAAGACAAAAACACACUCUCCUAAGCACUAG